CAUGAUGAACGCCUGUCAGAUGCUGAACCUCUGGAAAGCCUGUUUGCUGUCUCAGCCGGUCCAUGAUGGGAAUUUUGGACCUCCCGCACGGUUGGCGGAGCGCGUCCGCGUGGAGAAUAAGUCAGUGGUCUUGGCCGAGAGUCUUCUCAUAUGGAUAGGUAUCUAUCCAAUCCUAUCUUAUCUGGGAAUAUAGAUGAUUUGAGAUGUGAACUUUGAACUUGUGACGAGUUAAACCACCAUCCACAGGCCUUCUUGAAAGUAUUAAUGGUCUCUACUAUUUACCAUUAUGGAGGCUAAGCCUCCAUUUUGCCAAGCGGCACUUGGGAACCCCAACUAUAUAUGUUAAUACCUCACGUUUUUGUUUAGAUUAGACUUCAAAGUGGAAUACACAGUCCUCUUGUCUCUUUCGGAAUCAAAGUCGGUAAGCAUAGAAGACGAAGAGUUCACAACCCUCCGGUAGUCUCUCCUCAGUCCUCCCCCAUACCCGACCUCCACCACCCCACUCUCCCAGAUCGCAAUCACAUCAUUAGCUCUCCUUCCCCUCGCUUUACACACAUAUGAUAUCUUCUUCCCACUUCCACCCCACUUCAAGACUUUAUUUUCCUUCGUUCCAGAACCCUCAGCCCCCCUUCUUUAAUGGUUAGUCGUUGAAUACUCAAAAGAAGCAAAACAUUAUGGCCUCCUCUGCUUCUACCUCCAUUCUUCUGAUAUUCCCAUGUUUUCUUCUCUUUCAAGCCUUCCACUCUCUCUCCAUGACAACCGCAAGAACUACGGCGACGACAACAACAACUACUACCACGACGCCAACAACAAAGAGGGAUAAACCCCUUGUUUUGCCCCUUAGAACCCAAAAGGUGGCGUCUUUAUCGCUCCCCAGUCCUCCCAACAAGCUGCUCUUCCACCACAAUGUCAGCCUCACCAUUACCCUCUCCGUCGGCUCCCCGCCUCAGAACGUCUCCCUGGUCCUCGACACUGGCAGCGAGCUCUCCUGGCUCCUCUGCGACUCCAAAACCUCGCCGUCCUUCCGCCCCCGCGCCUCCUCUUCCUACUCCCCCAUCCCCUGCUCCUCCCCUACCUGCCGCUCCCAGACUCGCGACCUCCCAAUCCCAGCCUCCUGCGACGCCUCUCGCCUCUGCCACGUCGCCCUCUCCUACGCCGACGCCUCCUCCUCCGAGGGUACCCUCGCCGCCGACCUCUUCUCCCUUGGCGCCUCCCCUCCCCUGCGCACCGCCUUCGGCUGCAUGGCCGCCUCCUAUUCCUCCGCCGCCGGCGACCCCGCUGCAGCCGGCAUGCUCGGCAUGAACCGGGGGUCCCUCUCCUUCGUCUCCCAGACCAACACCCGCCGCUUCUCCUACUGCAUCUCCGACCGCGACUCCUCCGGCGUCCUCCUCCUCGGCCACGCCGCCCUCUCCUUCCUCCCUCUCAACUACACUCCUCUCGUCGAUAUCUCGCUCCCCCUCCCCUACUUCGACCGCGUCGCGUACUCCGUCCAAUUGGAGGGCAUCCGCGUCGGCACCGUCCUCCUCCCCAUCCCCAAAUCCGUCCUCGUCCCGGACCACACCGGCGCCGGCCAGACCAUGGUGGACUCCGGCACCCAGUUCACCUUCCUCCUCGGUGCGGCCUACGACGCCUUGAAAAUCGAAUUUUUACGGCAGACCAAAGGAGUUCUCACCCCCCUGGACGAGCCCAGCUUCGUGUUCCAGGGGGCCUUCGACGCCUGCUUCCGGGUGCCGGAGCGGCGGCCACUCCCACGGGUGCCGGCAGUGGUGCUGAUGUUCCGGGGGGCUGAGGUGGAGGUCUCCGGCGAGCGGCUGCUCUACCGGGUGGCCGGAGAGGUGCGAGGAGGGGACGGCGUGUGGUGCUUAACGUUCGGGAACUCCGACUUGGUGCCGCUCUCGGCGUUCGUUAUAGGGCACCACCACCAGCAGAACGUGUGGGUCGAGUACGAUCUGGAAAACGGCCGGCUCGGGUUCGCGCCGGUCCGAUGCGACCUCGCGAGCCAGAGGCUCGGUGUGGUCCUGUGACGGAUGGACCACUCUCUUUAAUUCUCCGACAUGUGACAUGUUGCAUGGGAUUUUGUGUGUUCCCCGGACGGAAAGGCUGGCGCUCCUUGGCUGUGGGUGACUUUAAAGUUGUCAAUUUUCAAUCUCACGGUCGAGAUCUGGUGGAGUCGACAGCGAGGAAUGGCAUGGCUGUGGGUGCAUCAGAUAUAGGCGUCGGCAUCGAGAAACGGCAACACUUCUCGUUACAAAUGGAUGUAUAUCUAAUACUUGGAACAUGUAUCUAUCUAUCUAUUAUUCUGAUAGUAUCCAGCGCCGUGGAGAUCCAUUUUGAUGUUUGUGUGUGAUCUAUUAUGUACAAAAAUUGCAGAAUGGUGCAUCAGAGAAUAAUAAUAGGCCCAGCACAAUUGAAGCCUCCAUUUUACAAA